CACCCACCAGAAGUGGAUCACUUGAGAACAAACACAAGUGAAAGAGACAACCUUCCCUGUAUAAGCCAAAACAGCAGAACCCUCUGAAAGCAUAGGUGUUCUCAGUUGAGUUGGGUUGAGUUGGGUUGAGUUGAGAAAGCAAGUUAUGAAAACGUUGGCGAGUCCGAGUUCGAGGUUGGUCUUGGAAAUUUACAGGCACAGAGAGGCUGGCUUGGUGAACAGGGUUAGCUAUGCUUCUUGCUUUUUCAGGCCUCACAGGAAAAUUGGGGAUUUUCGGUUCUUGAAUUUGGUGGCGUUUCUACAACCGAGGAAGCCCAUCAAGCCUCUUGUUUGCCUUUCAUCCAGAACCCAGGCAGAAUUGGAGACUCCAGAUGCUCAAAUUCAGGACAAAUAUCCAAGAAAAACUAUGCAUGUCAAGUUUCAGUUGCAGAAAGAGUGCUCCUUUGGUCAGCAGUUCCUCAUAGUAGGGGAUGAUCCUCUGUUGGGUUCAUGGGAUCCUGAGAGAGCAAUACCGAUGGACUGGUCUGAUGGAAAUGUGUGGUCUGUUGAGCAGGAAAUACCAGUCGGGAAAUCAGUCCAGUUCAAGUUCAUACUAACAGGAAGCGAAGGGAAUAUCUUGUGGCAACCUGGCCCAGAUCGAGUUUUUCAAACCUGGGAAACUGAAAACACAAUCACUGUCUUUGAAGAUUGGGGAGAUGCUGAACUUCAGAAGAUAACAGAGGAAGCACAAGUUUAUAACCAGAUUGAGGAUUCUCAUAUCAACUCGGAUACAUUGAUUCCAGAGGCUGACAACUUGACAUUUCCAGAAGAGGAGCCAGUGUUUAAUAUGGAGUCGGCGAAUGUUGAUAGUUACACUGAUCCAGCACAGGUACCGUUAGUGGAACCAGACGAGGAACAAAUCGUUACUGAUAAAUCGUCUGUCUCACAAGUGAAGCACAAAACUGUUCUUGCUGAGAAUGUAACACCAAAAUGGCCAAAGCAAAUGAUGGAACCACACGAAGAACAAAUGGUCGCAAGAACUGAUGCCCCAAGUGAGGAUUCUGCUGCCAUCCCAAAUGAGAUGAUGGUGGCACAGAACAUUUAUGGAAAUAAUGGCAGAUCAGCAAAACCAAGGAACCUGGCAAGCUCAAACAUUGAGGGAAGCCUAAUGAACUAUGAGGAAGAAGGACCUGUUCUGGUACCUGGCUUGACUCGUGGACCAAGUGUUCCCACUGAAGAAGCAAAGAAUGAGGAAAUUGAGAACCCAUUGACCUUUGAUGGUUUUUUUGGAUCAUAUGAAGCAACGGAUCUGAAUGUGCCAGAGUUAGAAGAGAAGCAAGAGCCAUACAUUGAACCACCUCAAGCAGAAACAAUCGACAUGUGCAAUGGUAAUGUGGAGAAUCUUGGCGAAGAAAUCAAGCAAAAGUCUCAACCAGCUGCAAGUGAAAAUCAGUCCCAGCGUGACAUACCCAACGGCUCACCUCAAAAAGAAACAACUGUCAUUUUCACCAAUAGUGAAGUGAGUUUUGAUGAUGAACUUGAGCAAAAGGCUCAAUCUGCUGAAACUACAGACCAGUCGGCCUCAGAGCAAAUCAAUGAUGUCUGGCACAAUGACAGACAAUGGGGUCGUAACUUACUGCAGAAGCUUAUUAAUUUCAGAUUACCUUAGUAUAGAGCUCUGGAAUCCCUUUGAACGUGCGACUCCUAAUAUGUUGUUGAAGUUUCGUGGUGGUCAUCAGAGUUGAAGAAUCUGUAAUAUCAUUAGUAUGUACAUACUGACUUUGUGCCUUGUUUUGUAACAGUGCUCAGGUUUUUCAUGUAUAUACCAGGAAAUCUGACUGUUUCUCAAAGCAGAGUAUUUUAUAUUUAUUUCUGUCAUGAACACAGAUUGAAAUCUGGUAUGAGGAUUUAUAAAUGUAGGAAUUUGCCA